GCUGAGAGAGUACAAUGCUUGAUCGAUCCUCUACGCGUAUGAAAUGAAAGCGAGAUCUCUCCGAAAACACUAAAAAGAGAAAGAAAAGAUAAUAAAAGGAGGAAGGUAAUUCCAGCAAUUUACCCCACAAAAAAAAGAAAAAUGAGUUCACGAGAGAUAUCCAUGGAUACAAUUAUGGAAGAUGAAGAUUCCUUUGGUUCUAAUACAAAUGCAAUCAUCUACGCUGCUUCUGAUAUGUCAGGCUGGACUCACAGUUUGAUCUCAGAUAACAAUAUUCCUAAUUCGUCCUCUUCUACCAGUGUAAACGUACACCACCAGCAGCAUCAGAUUUCGACUGCUGCUGGUGAUGAUGAUGAUUCGAUGUUUGUAUCAUCAAGUGCAUCUUCCAGCUGGUUUAAUAAUAAUAAACAAAUUGAUGAUCACCAAGAGAUUAGGAUAUUUAAUGUUGAUUUCAGAGCACUUUGCAACAACACCAGCGGUGGAUCCGAAUUUCGCGGCCAUUUAUUGCCAGAUACUGGUAGGACAUUGAACGAAGAGACUAGCAUUAGGCUGGUCAAUGCGUUGAUGGCUUGUGCCGAGGCGAUCCAAGAGAACAACUUAACUCUAGCGGAUGUACUAAACAGUCAAUUAAGAAGAUUUACAAUUGGAGGAACAAUGAAGAAAGUGGCGACUUAUUUUGCAGGAGCUUUGUAUCAUAAGAUUCACAGAUUGAAUCCACGAGAUAUUGUUGAAUCAUUCUAUUCCACGGACCAACUCUUGCAUAUGAGCUUCUACGAGAGUUGCCCCUUACUCAAAUUCGCGCACUUCUCAGCCAAUCAAUCCAUUUUGGAGGCCUUCGCUGAUUCCAAGAGAGUACAUGUAAUUGAUUUCAGCUUGAAUCAAGGUUUGCAAUGGCCGGCACUUUUGCAGGCUCUCGCUUUGCGUCCUGGCGGUCCACCAGCUUUUCGGCUCUCAGGAAUUAGUGGCCAACCUAAGUUUCAUGAAGGUAGCGAUCCCUUACGGGAAGUUGGUUUUAAACUCGCCCAAUUUGCAGAGUCAAUUCGUGUAGAAUUUGAAUUCUGUGGAUUCAUGGUCCAUACUUUAGCUGAUCUUGAAGCACCAAUGUUGAAUAUUAGACCCAGUAAUGUGGAAACAGUGGCUGUGAACUCUGUUUUUGAGCUUCACCGUUUGUUUUCCAUUCCAGGAGCAUUUGAGGAAGUGUUGGAUUUAAUAAAACAAAUACAACCGAAGAUUGUGACCAUCGCCGAACAAGAAGCGAAUCACAAUGGGAGUUGCUAUAUGAACAGGAUUAAGGAAGCAUGGCUUUACUAUUCAACAAUGUUCUACGUGCUGGAGAACUCAGAGUCAACUCAGACCAACAAUCGAGACUUGGAUAUGGCGGAGCAGUACCUAGGGCGGGAGGUCUAUAAUUUGGUGGCUUGCGAAGGAACUAAGCAAAUUGUGCGACACGAGACGUUGAGUCAAUGGCGAGUGAGGUUUAACUCUGCAGGGUUCAACCUGGUUCCCCUGGGUUCAAAUACGUACAGAAAUGCAAACAUGUUAUUGGCCUUGUUCACAAAUGAAGAAGGAUAUAGAGUAGAGGAGAAAGAUGGGUGUCUUAUGUUGAGUUGUCAUAGUCGCCCGCUCUUCACCACAUCUGCUUGGUGCGGCUAUGUCGCCAAGUCUAGGGAUUAGUCAAUGGGUGAGGUUGCUCUGCAGCUGUCCUGGAAAAUCCUGCUACUCUGAGAAGGUUUCUUUGUAGUUGUCCUGCAUCAUCCAAUACGUAGUUUUAUAUGUUACUCUUCUUUUACUGUUUACAGGUACUGUCUUAGAUGUAUCAGACAGUCCAAAUUGAUAACAUUUGUAAGAUGCUUCUUUUCUUCGACCUCACUGUUAUUGAGAGAAUCUCUGCAGUAGCCAUUAAAUUUGAUAAUGCAAAGGGCACAAUCUUUUCAAAACAGUCUCUUUACCUCCAUGAGAUAUGGGUAAGGUUUGGGUACACUCUAUCCUCCCCAGACCUGCGUAUGGGGCCACAUUAGAUUUGUUGUUGUUGUUGUUGAGGGUAGCACCUGGAUGUUCCUCCUUAAUGUCAUAUUCAGAACUUGUAAUAUAAUUGUCUGUGUUGUAACACUAUUUUCUGUAUAAAAGUUUUGUCUUCUCUUAUUCUCUAUA